AUGGGAAAAACUGGGUUCCUCCUCCCUCUUAUGAUAGUGGUGCUAUUGUCUACCUUUGGGGCUACUUUAUCAGCGGAUUCACCCAACAUCACCACUGACCGAUUGGCCCUUCUUGCUCUAAAAUCUCAUGUCACUCACGACCCUCGAAACCUGUUGGGAUCCAACUGGUCUACUUCUGCCUCUGUUUGCAAUUGGAUUGGGGUCACUUGUGGAUCCAGACACCAAAGAGUCACUGCUCUAAAUAUUCCUGGAAUGGGUCUCACAGGCACCAUCCAAUCUCACUUGGGAAAUCUGUCUUUCCUUGCUUGGCUUGACAUUCGCCACAAUGGUUUCCAUGGCUCGUUACCCAUUGAAUUAGCUAAUUUGCGUCGGCUGAAAUAUUUGGACUUUGCUAACAAUAGCUUCAGUGGGGAAAUCCCGUCAUGGUUUGGUUCCUUCACUCAACUUCAGAGGUUGUAUUUGGAUGAUAACAACUUCACUGGUGUUAUUCCAUCUACUCUGGGCAAUUUGUCAAAACUAGAGACGUUGUUCUUGCAUAACAAUAAUUUGAAAGGGUCGAUUCCUGCAGCAGUUGGAAAUCUUUCAAACUUGAAAUGGUUAAUUUUGGAUAAUAAUUACCUUUCAGGUCAUCUCCCGUCGGGUGUAUUUGAUCACCUUUCUAAAUUACAAGCAUUAAGUUUGACAUGGAACCAGAUUUCUGGUAGAAUUCCUAAUAGUUUAUUCAAAUGCAAAGAAUUGGUGUAUUUAUCCUUGCAUAACAAUUCUUUGGAGGGAAGUUUGCCCAUAGAGAUUGGAAAUUUGACUAUGCUCAACCAAUUGUAUCUCUACGGGAACAACCUGGAAGGUUCCAUUCCUUUAUCACUCUUCAACAUUUCUUCAUUGCAAGUAAUUUCACUCGAACUCAACAAGCUCUCUGGUCAUCUCUCAUCGGAUAUGUUUGAUUUUCUUCCUCGUUUAUUGUUACUUAGUAUGAGUGAGAAUCAAUUUUCCGGAAAAAUUCCAACAAGUUUGUUCAAAUGCAAAGAGUUAGAAUUCAUAUACCUGUAUAAUAAUCAAUUGGAGGGGACCGUGCCUUCAGAAGUCGCCAAUUUGACUUCACUUAAGAGCUUUCAUGGCAUCAUUUUGAGGAGGUGUUUUCAUGACUAUCUUGACCUUAAUUCACCGAAUUGGUCAUGGGGCUACGCUAACAUGGAUGAGGUGGUAACAACAAUGUAG